AUUCUUCAUCUUCAAAAUUCCCAGGAAUCUGUUGACAUUCUUGAUGGGAAAGACUCACAGGAAACUGUUGUUGAGGGUCAGAAUGAGUCAGAAGCUCAGAACUCAAAGUGUUCAACCAUUUUCGAUGUAACUGAGGAUGCCGCGUCUGUGCAAGAAAGCCCCAAAUCUAUGGAUGAGGAACUUGCACAAUUUUCUUGGCAAAAUAAGUAUGAGAACGAGUCAGCAGUUCAAGAGAACUUUAAUCACCAAACAAUCCCUGAGGAAACACUCGACAGCAAAAGGACUCAGUCGGCAGCCAUUGAGAGUUGCACAAAUUCCGUGCAGUUAUCCAGAGAUUGUACCCAGAAAGGAAGCCGUCGAUAGUGUCGGGCAGCUGAACCUAGAAGAAACGACUGAAACCAAAGAAUCCAACCCAAUAGAUACAAUUACUUCAUCCACGACAAUUGCAAAAGAGUCUGCAGAAGCUGUCGAAUCCUUGAAAGGAACAAGAAGGAUUCACAGAGAUUCGCCAGAAGAACUCUUGCUCAUCACCAAAAGAGGAAACUUCUUCCAAGACUCAUUCUUCCUCGACGCUCACCGAGACUUCAGUGCCGCUCUCAGGCAGGUGUUGGGCAGGUGCAAUCAAGACAACUUUGAGGACGACACUGACCUCCGCCACACCGAUAUCCUGGAACGCUACAGGCAGCUUCGGUCUCGCGAUCUGAGGGAAGAGAAUCAGGCCGCUAUCGUCACAUCAGACAAAGUCUUGUAUGAAGAUAAUUAUGGACGUUCAUGAUUUCAUGAGUGGAGAUGUACAAGCGAAGGUCGUUGAUGAGAAGGAGUUGGUCAUCGAGGGACUUGUGGUGAAGAAGGAAGAAGGAACCUCAUCCGAAACCUCUCACUCCUUCAGACGCCGCUUCUCUCUUCCACAGUUUACUAAAAUCA